UAAUUCAAUCGUUUUGCUGUCGAAAGAUGCUGUUAUAUGGUAUUUUACGAUAGCGUUCUCAGGUGGGAUUUCAAUGCUAAUCUUUUUUUUUUGUUUGAGAAACUAUAAAUGAUUGUGAUAUGUUGGAUAGCUUGGUGAACCUUCCAAAUGUUUUGAAUCUAUGAAUCCUCCUCUAGUCUUAACCGUUCGAUAUCGAUAGAGAAAAGAACGUUACGAUGGCUUGCCGAUACAAAAAAAGUAUGCAAUAGUGGUUAGCCGAAUAUGUAUUUAUUAUGUGUUUUUUUCGAUAAUAAAAUUAUGUUAUAAUUUUGAAGAUCGAUUGAAGAAAACUUGUUUCAUGUAUUAUCGUUGUUAUAUAGAACAACAAUUAUUUCCCUAAUACGAUCACAAUAGUACAUUUUUCAAACAUCUAAUAACACUUGUGUAUAUUGGCAUAUGUACACUGAGAGAACUAAUUAGUAAAUAUAACGAAUUUUUUGGUAAAUACUACCAAUCUAGUCAUUUUCGACCGUACUAAUAAACACAUAUGUCAAGCAGAACCAUGAUUCGGAAGCCCAAUAUCGGCUACAUUUUCUCGCCGAAAAUGCACGUAUCAGAAUUAUAUCCUUAUUAUACCUCCGUAUUGCCUUAUGGGUACAAUGAAAAUGGUUAAUACGCGCUUUUCUCACCAGUUUUCAGAUAUGACAAUAUCCAAGCUUAAUAAUGUUAUCGAGUAAAAUAUACUAAUCUCUGGUAGGGAUGCGGGUUUGUUGACAAUAUGUACAAAAAAUUUGUACAUUCUACUAAUUUUGCAUUACCAAAUGUAUUUGGUAGUUUUCGACCGAGGAUUUUUCUAAGUGUAUGUAGUACGGAUACGGGUUAACAAAUAUUCUUAUCGAGACACUUUCGUCCAAUCACAAACUAUUGUCUCAUUUCUUUACAUAACUCAAAAAGCUGGAACUGAUGUGUUUUGAGAUGCAAACUAUGCGCUUCCAGCGAGUCAAGCUCCAGCAGACAAAUAUUACACCCAUACGUGAUUCGCUUCUUCUCUUGAAUCUUUGUAUGGGCACGUAGAUUCGAAAGCUGGGUAAACGGUUUUGGACAGGUAUCACACUUGAACGGGCGUUCACCUGAAACAAAAACGUUUUGAAGUUACCCGAGGUGUCCUUGCGGGCGUCGACCAAUCCUAGCUUACCAGUGUGCGAUCUGCGAUGGCGCUUCAGAUCUUCAUUCGAUUUGAAGGUGUUCGAACAGAACUCACAGUUGAAAAUCUUCUCCACAUCGAUCUGGUGUUCCAGCAAGUGGGAUUUUAGCUGAUCCGCCAUUUCGAACGUAUUGCUGCAUUUGUCACACUUGAAGAACCCGUUGGCUUUGGUGAGCAGUUUCAUGUGUACCUAAAAAAUGUUAUGUGUCGUAUGUAUUGGAUUCAUUUGUUCUCUUAAAAAACAAGGUUGGACGCAAACCUGGGAAAGUAACUGUACGCCCUAUGUAUUUCUGUUCAAUGUAGUCCUACGUUUGAAAACAGUUUGAACAAUAUUUCGAUGAGAAUUCACUUACAAUUUCUGGGAGAAAGUUAUUCUCGAGCUGCGUGGAAAAUCAUAUCGCGAAACACAACAAUAAAACAAGACACAAUGUUAUAAUGAAAAUCGAUGCAAAAGUAGGCCGGGAUCCUUUUUCCGAAUUUUAAUUUUUAAUCGAAGCAAGCAUUUUGUUGAUGCGACGAUUUUGCUCACUGAGGAUUAUAGUUACAUGAGAGAAGCAACUAUAAUUCUCACCAGAAGCCAAAAUGGAGAGAGGACCAGUUACUUCAAGAAUUCCGUCAAUACCAAAGAUUCCCAUAUGCUCUUGGGCCAGUCAGGAGACUGGAGUUAGGAAGGAAAAGGAUCGUUCUUCGAAGAAGGGUGUUGAAAAUGUAGGCGAUCAACAAAUGGAGAAAAAACAUCAAAUAUGGUUUUUCAACUACAGUGGAUGGUGGAUGUGGAUAGAAGAAGAAUCAUCGCCGCAGCUUGUCCCAAGUGAUAUCAAGGUAUCGUAUGCGAACUUCAUUGAUUCUAAUAUAGAGAGGAUCGAGGAUAUAACUCCUCCGGAGUUGGUUCCCAGUGACGCGCAUCUGGAGGAUGAUGACGAAGAUGUAUUUGACUGGGAACCAGGAAAUAUUUCGGUGAAGCUGAAGAUAAAAGCUGAAAGAAAUCUCUUGAAAAUAAAGGCAGAGAACGAGAAACUUCGGCAAGAGAACCAGCAAUUGAAGGCUAAAAAAGGCUUCCUGUUCAAGCAAGUUGACGUCUGCAAAACAGCGAAUCCUGAGGAGUGUAGAAUGAAGCAACACAAUUGAUAUUUGAUAUGCAAGACUACAACGAGGGACGUAUGGACAUGGACAAACCUAGUUGCUAUAUUUUUUUUUUUCAAGAUAUAUUCUAUGCUGCUUCAAUAUUUGUUGAUGAUUUAGAUGAUUACAAAUAAAAUGUUUUAAAUAU